AUGGUCUCCAAGCUGAAAUUCAAAAACGACGGUCCGUCAAAGAAAAAGCGGAAGAUCACAGAUACUACAAAGAGCACCGAUGUGCUUGACAAGAAGUUAAAAGAGAGCAGUCCAUCAGCAGCAGAGGAGACGGAGACGACGUGGGUUUCUGCUGAGGUUGUGGAGGAUUUGAAUGGGCCUUGUAUGAUCUUACUCGACUCCCCACCCCUCGGCAUAUCAUCCGACUCCCUAGGCAAACUCUUCACCACCCCCCUCGCCUCACUCACCCCGCGCUCCGUCCAGCAAGUCUUUGUUCUCGCGCGUCUGCCUUUGACUGUUUCCAAGCGACCUUCCUCUACUUCUACCGAGAAAGACAAGAAAGAGGAGGCGGAGAGGCAGGUUACGUUGAAAUCACAUCUAGGGAAAUACCUCUCCGUGUCAAAGUUCGGCGGGGUGGACGCGACGGCCGAGGCCAUUGGUCCUGAGCAGAUCUUUGAGGUUGUCAAGUCUUCCAAAGAGCAGGAGAAAGAGCAGAACAGAUUCGCGCUCCGCUCGGUCGCGUAUGAUAAAUAUCUCGCUAUCGAUGUCUCAUCCCCCUCAUCGCCGUCAAUAAGAUGCGACUCUGACUCCAUAUCCCAAUCCGAACUAUUCCACAUCCGCAUACAAUCCCACUUCCGCCACCGCGAACCUACAUCAAACACGCCCUCCACCGAGCUCAAGAUCCACACGCGCGAGCUCGAGGAGCGCGUCGGUGCGAAAUUAGAGCGUGAGCAUAUCAAGCUUUUGAAAGCUGCUUAUCGAGAGGGAAGACUUAAUGAGGCGAUUAUUGAGGUUAGAGAGAAGAUUAAGGGUGAUCAUCGAUGUUGA